GGAAUCUCCAUACACUGUACCAAAAAGCCACUCUUACCUCCACCAAAAAUGUAUAUGCCUCCACAAUUACCGCCACCGGAGAUUUUAACUAUUCUUUGGUUUUUUUUCCUUUUUUUGAACUUGAGAACAAUCAUGAAGCAAAAGGUCACAGGAUAUCACUUAACUGAUCCUGUGAUCAGUUUAAGGGUUGUCUAGUCAACAUUGUUAAAAUUUUUCAAGUCGGCAUAUUACUCAUCAACAAAGGGGUAACCAGGAAAGAGAUAAUCACCACGACUAGACAAAGUGGUCACCCACAUUAGAAAACGAGAAUGUCGGAGUCGUUGUCCCUGGGGACCAUCAUAUACACGGCUGUCAAGCCCAUCUUCAAAAUCUACCUCAUCAUUGCAAGUGGGUUCAUACUCGGAAACAAGAAUAUGUUGACCGUAGAAACCUCGAGGAACUUGAGUGAUAUCAUCAUCUCUUUUAUAUUCCCGUGUCUUGUCUUCACAAAAGUUGUGAGCAAUUUACAGAACAGUGACAUUAAACAGAUUGGUAUCAUCUGUCUCCUCUACAUCUUGAUGACUCUUAUUGGUGGUAUUGGCGGACUGGGGUGUUAUUUCUUGGGCAAACCAAUGUACUGGUUAGGUGGGUGUCUAAGCGUUGCGUUGAUGCCAAACAUUAGUGACUUGCCAAUCGCGUAUCUACAAACCUUCAGCACGGGUGCUGUGUUCACGGAGGCUCAAGGUGAAAAGGGUGUUGCUUAUAUUUGUAUAUUUACAGCUGUACAAAUUCUGUUCCAAUUCAACCUGGGUCUCUUUAAACUGAUUGGCUAUGACAUUGAUCAACAGAAGAAGCAUGACCCAACAAAGAAAAUCUUGAAUCACUCUGAAAAGGAUGUGAAUAACAUAUCUUGCUCCAAGUCUAUCCAAGAAGAAGAUCUUAACGAUGUUGACUCCUACACCAGUGGCGAUGAGGAGAACCAAAACCAGAUAGAUAACAUUGUUAGACCGUUAGUGCCAACAGCAAGCAUACAGAGAGUGGCAUCGAAGGUUUCUAACCUCUCGUUAAGGAAAUGCCGCUCUCAAAACGUCCAUGAUAUUAUCAACGAAUACUCACAGGCUGCUGAUAUCGGUGACGAUGUCCAUGCCGUCCCAGCAGUGAAUACUGAAUUAGUACUUGUGCCUACCCAUAUGGAACCAGCCGGGAACAAAUGGAAGGGUAAAAUCAAGUCGUUGUUUUGGUUCUCUGUGGAUAACUGGCGUAGGCCGGUAUCCAUAUCACUCGUGCUAUCUAUGGUUGUAUCCAUGAUUCCCUGGGUGAAGGCUCUGUUUGUCUCUACAAACCAAGCGCAUCUUCCAAACGCUCCAGAUGGUUUACCCCCUCUAUCUUUCAUAGUCGACUUCACAGAAUACGUGGCCCAGGCGUGUGUUCCACUAGGUCUUUUGAUCCUUGGUGCUACACUCGCAAGGCUGGAAGUGUCACAACUGUCAUGGAAAGUUCUGAGAACUCCUCUGAUGAUUACUGGACUAAGGCUCGUUAUCCUGCCUAUCAUCGGAACCGCCAUUAUUGCAGGUUUUGCGCGUUAUGGUUGGUUUGAUGAUGAUGAUAUCUUGAGGUUUGUAUCAACCAUUGUGUGGUGUCUGCCAAAUGCUACGAGUUUGAUCUACUUGACCGCAUUCUAUACCCCAUUGGAAGGCAGUUGGAGUCAAAUGGACCAACUGGCGCUCACUUAUAUCAUCCAGUAUCCUGUGUUGAGUAUCAGUCUCCCAUUUCUUACAACGUAUUGCAUCAAGGUAUCAUUGGAUUAUUAGCUGCUACCGUAUUUGAGUUUUGUUGUUGUGUUUUUCUUCCCCAUAUUGUGAUUUUUAUAGAUUAUUCUCACGAUCAUCGUG